AACGAAGUGGAAAAAGAUUCAGUCAAACUUGGUCUUCUUGACCAGCAGCAGUUUAACUCAAUCUUAGUUCUUCACAAAUAAUUUAUCUACGUACAUACGUAUUUUCUAAGAUAAUGUAAUUUAUUUAGUUAAAGCUGUGAUACAGAAGUUGCAAUUCAAUGUAUUAUUCUAACUGUGUGGCGUUUUAAGCUUCAGUCAAAUUUAAUUUAAUUUUGCAUUGAUAUUGAAUGCAAAAUUAUGGGAACCAAUACUUUUGUAUUGUGAGCAUUUUCGUCUUUCCUUUUGGUUCACCCACCCUUCCACAAAGUCCGAAGAUGAAUUAGAAAAAUCUUAAUGGUCAGGUUUUCUUUGAUAUUUUAACCAAACUCAACCGCAGAGGACACUUUCCUUAUUUGUGUGCAAAUAUUUGUAACUCCAAUUUCCCUCCGUAACCAAGGAAUUAAUCAUGGUCACGCUUGAACGAGACAAGGGAUUAAUCGUUGAUUCCAAUGCAGAUUAUGGAAAAAUUAGCCAAAGUCUGCGGAUGUGCUUGGUCGAACCUGAGAUUACCCGAGAAUUUCUAAACCUACAAUUACACCCAAGUACUCUGGAUCUAUCUGGAUUUUCCACCCUGGUAUAUGGAAAUGACUCCGAUAACACUGAUUGGGUAAACGACUAUGUUCUUCUCUGCUGUGCAAGAUCAGCAAAGACUGGUUACGGAGGAGCUGUGUAUUAUAGACCCAAAAAUUCUAAUCGUCACCAUCAAAUUAUCAUUGCUCACAAAGGUACGGAUAGCAGCAAAGACUUGGAAGCAGAUUUAGACGGAGUGGCGAAGAACAAGCUGACCCCACAAAUAAACUCUUGUUGCACAUUCGUCCUGGAUUUUAUUGCGAACUUCUUCCCACAAGACGAAACCACAGAAUCCGUCCUCAAAUCUGUACAAUUUUCUACAACCGGACAUUCCCUAGGAGGAUGGUUAUCUCAAAUUUCUGCAUUUGCUUUGAAAUAUCUACAAUUUUCGUCUGACCGCGACAUAUUUGAACUCAAAGGAAAAGAUCGAUUUGAUAUUCAUCCGCACUGUGAGGCAUUCGACAGCCCCGGUGCAUACCAGAUAAUCCAUAAGAUAACUUCCCUGAAACCAUUUCGAAGGCUCAAGUCACAAACACAAAAUUUCGGGUUGGAUAUUUCAAAUUUUGUGUUUUCCCCAAAUGCUGUAAAUGUUGUUAAUCAACACAUAGGGAACAUAUUUUUAUUACCAUGGAUUCCAGAUAUGUCUGUCGAGCUGGUUACACCUAGUACUUACUUAUCAAUUACUAAUCUCACUUAUACGAAGGAGACUCAUAAAAUGGGACUAUUUGUUGAACAGCUCAAAAUGAAUUCCAACCCACGAUUCACAACAAUAGAGCAGUGGGUGCUAAUCGUGUUUCGAAAUUGGGAUUCAAGUCAGCAUACCCAUAGUCAUCCAGUCACCAAAGCCCUUGGUAUGGUUGGGACAGCAAUAGUUAAAAUAUUUCAAAAUGCAGCGUCCGAAUAUGACGACUUCUUUAGAUCAGGGAUGCAAGUUGUGGUAACAAAUUCUCAUGCAUUAAAGAUAAAUACUCACUCUCUAGGAACUCAAGUGAAACAAGUGAUCGAAAUUUUGAAAACAGUUAAUAUUUGGAAGGAUUAUUUUGGUAAUAGCGUUAAAUUGCCAGAAAAAUUUAAUUUGGUAGAAUUGGAGUGCAUUUUGAAAAUUCUGGAUAAAAGUGAUAACAAUUUUUUAGUAUUUUCAAGCACAGAGGAUUUGACAAUUUUACAAAAUUGUGGAAUCCUGAAACAAAAAAUUAAUGAAAUAAGUCUUCAAUUGGGGAACUUUGAAGCGGCUCAAUGUCUUUACAGCAGUGCCAGAUAUAUUAAGGAACUGCAGGACAAAUUCAUUAGCUUAGAAUUUGAUUGCGCUAAUAAUUCUAUUUGGAAAUCUCAUUAUGCAUUCAGAUGUGUGCAAUUGCUUGAAUUAUUUUGCUUCAAAGUUUCAUCGUUUAUAACGGAGGGAAAGUGUGGACUAUCAUCGCGAAACUGUUUAAUCCUUAAAUUUGCGGAUAUCACUGGUUUGAACUGGGUUCCAAGUGAGCUACAAUAUAUUUUUGUGGACUGUAGUGAUUGUGGCGAAAUUACGGAAAUAACAAAAGGCAGUAAUUCCAGCAAGUGUCAACUUGUUUAUAUUACCAUUGACCCGAAUAACAAUAAUGACAAAUUUAGCUUGUCCAUUAGCACGGCAACCGUUCCACAAAUUUUGAGGCAAAAAGUUAGCUUGAAUGGGGUCAAUGUUGAACUUGGCGUACUUGUAGGGCCAGUGUCAAACUACAACGAUCUACUUAAUUGUUUACUGAACGAACCAGCAAAAUUAAAUUUGAUUCUGCAGAAGAAUGCAAUAGAAAAAUUGGAGUUGGGUUCUAAACUACCUUCAAUUCAUGACAAUAUUACAAUUUAUACGGAACCUUGCAGAAAUUUUGCUAGCGUAGAAGAAGCCGUAAAGAUAUUUAAAGUAAAUUUAGUGGGAUUCAAACUAGGCCAAAUCGUUAUUUAUGGAGGUGCCGGAGAAAGGUUGGCUAAACAUUUAGAAAAGGAAGGUCUUCCCCAUCAAAUAGUCAAGUCGGGGAUUGAUCCAGUCAAAUAUUUUCAGCAACUUGUUGGUGAAGCUCCAGACUCUGUUUUUGAAUUGGUCGAGUACAACUUGCAUACGCUCGAGUGGAAAUUGCACUAUAAUCCAAAUUUGUACAUGUCAAGAAAGGUCAUACCCCCUGCAAUUGAUAUGAGAACACUUGCCAAUCAUAUGUCUGCUAUUUUUGAGAAACGCGCAGAUGCAGGAACUGAUAUCGAAGUUCUUGAAUUAAGCUGUUCAAAAGUCAAGGAAGCCGAUAAAGAAGAGUUUCUGCGGAAAUGCUUUGGGGUGGCAGAUGAAGACUUGGAAACAAUUGAAUUUAGGCCGACCAUGAGUGGAGAAUGCAGGGUUACUUUUAAAUCCUCUAAUGGAGUUGGCAAAUGUCUUGAUUACGCGGCGAAAGAAGUAUUCAAAGAGAAUGUGUUGAACACAGGUGAAGAGGGGAGGGUCUUAUACUGUUUCUCAGAUAACCCAGGUAUGGGUAAGAGCUUUUUCAUGACUAAAUUUGCCAGCAAUAUAUUAAAAAACAAUAUUACAUGGAAGUGGGUCUUCUUUCUUGAGUUGAGGGAACUGUCUGCUUUCCAUUUGCUUACCAAUGGAAAAACCAAAGAUUUAGAUUUGAACAUUGAAAGAAUUUGUUCCUUCCUUAUCUAUAAUCUCAGUCUAGACCCUUUACGCUCUCUUCUCUUUAGAAACGUACUGAAGCAAAACUCGGCAAAAAUAAUUAUGAUUCUGGAUGGAUUCGACGAACUGCCAAACGAGCAUAAGCAAAAGUUUUGUAAAGUUCUCAAGUUCCUGACAAAAUUUACUAAAAUUGGUAUAUCCGUGUCGACCCGUCAGAGAGACGCUAUUGCCAUUGAGACUUCGCUUGGCGUUUUGUCUCACCAUUUACUACCUAUCGAGAAACUAAAUAUCCAAACAUUUCUAAAUAAUAUUUGGAGUGGGUCAAUUCGGGAAAUAGAGCACCAAGAUCGACUUGCCCAGUUCUCAACGGCACUAUUGUCAAAAGUUGACCUAAAUGUAGUCGAUCGUCUGUUUUUAGGUAUUCCACUUCAUUUGAAAAUGCUCAGCGUCUCUUUCGAGGAAUCGGCGCUUGAGUUUUGCAGUGGAAAUGGAGUAAUAGAAAAUUACAUACCUUCAGAAUACGGCCUGAGAUUUCUACUUGAUCGCUUUAUAGAUACAAAAUACAAAAUCUUUUUCAACAAGAUGGGCUGGCAGGAUGGAAAUGGUCACUGGCAAGAUUUGAAGCCUGUGUUAACAUACAAGUUUGAAAGAGAACAGGAAUUUAUUGCUGGAGAAGUCCUCGGGUUGGGCCAAGAAUUUGAGACACUUAUGUGGGAGUUGUGCAGAGAGAAACGAAAUCCAAACUUCCCGAUCGAAAUUUACAGGGUGGGAAUUGUCGUCAGUAUGUGUGGAAAGCCGGACUUUCUCCAUCGAUCCAUUGCUGAAUAUUACGUAGCCAACCAUAUUUACAAUUGUUUCCUAGAACUGUUGAAUUUGGCUGGUGAUUCGAACAGUGACAAUGAACAUGAAUUACUGAAAUUUAUAAAGAAAUUGUUCCCAGUUUCUAGACGAGCCUUGUUUGAAACGGGAGCCCGACUUGUUCGUCUUUUUCUAAACCAACACAUUCAAAACGAUGAAAUAUUAUUGACUGCAUUAAGGAAUGGUACCCUCCCACAAAUAUCUGUCGGAGGGUUUGAUGAGUUCAUAACAGAAUGUGUGUAUGAAAUCGUUAGAAGGGAGAAUUCACUAAAAUAUUUCUUCAGUUUUGCAAUUAAUUCAUUUAUUAAUUGGAACGACACAACUGAGAUAGUUUGUCUGAUUAUAUGCAUAACUUCCUUAUGUGUAAUUCCUACGACGAUGGAUACAAUAGAAUGUGUCUUUCUUUUGAUUCAUAGCCACGUAUUACAAUUAGGGAUUGACAGAUCAAUUCUAAGGUUGCUUACUAAUCCAGAGCUUUCACAGGACGCAAUCGGAGACAUUCGAUAUCUAAAGGGUUUGGAAGAUCAUGAUUUCACUUGGAGUAGAUUUCGGUACGAUUUGAAAGCUAUGUUGCAGGCGGAUUUCGAAUGGAAUGUUUUGAAGGAGAGUUUGGACAAAAUGGAUUGAUUCAAAUGAAAUCUAGGAUGUUAUCCGAGCAUGGGAUUAACGAUUUGGAAUUUGAUAAGAUACUGGAGAUGGUUAAUUGGAUCUUUGCUUUGUUGAAAUCCUUAAAAUAAAUUUUUAUGAUGUGGUAGUGGGUACGAUUACAUACAUAUGUAAAUAUAUCACUUUGGUUGCAAAAUAACUCUAACCAUCAAAUAAACUUGUGUAAACUUACCCAAAGUUUGGAAAAAGGGCGAUGACACAAGAAUUGGGUAAAAAUUAUCUCACGUUGCGUCAAAUUUAUCAAAAAAUUUGACACAAAGUUGGCUCAAUUUUACUGAAUUAUUGUGUUAUCCGUUUUUUUCUCCGCAUUGGAUAAAUUUUACAUACCUUUAUUUAGAGCGUACACAUAUGUAUGUAAUAUGCAUAUUCUUUGGACCCAACAAUUUUGAUAUGCAAUUCGUAAACUUUUUUAUUGCUCAUAAAUAAAUAAUUCGUAAUCAAUCAUUUUGGUAUACUCGUUUGUGUAAAAUCAAAACCGACAAAUAAGGUUACUAAAAGAACGCACGAAUGCUAGUAAAAUCUAUUUAAAUUCUUGGAGAUAUAAGUACGUAGAUACAUAUGUAAACCGUUAAAGGUUAUGACACUGAUAUUACAAUGAUACAUAUGCUCGAAUUAGAUAUAUUAACUAGUUCCAAUUUGGAAUCAACUUUUUACAAUCAAUUCGGAAAUCAAUAAACAUUUUUUGCGUGCAAA